GGAAGAAUUUGAUGGGAGUUUUACGACGAUCUCAGGACAAGAGGAAUUUCUCCAUCGGAUGCUUUGUCAAUUGCGACGAUCCCCUCAACUUAACUUUGAUUCAAUCCCGAGGAAAAUGAGUCGUUCCGUGCAUUUCUUCGCACCGUCCGCACUUACGAUUGAAAAAAUCCGUAGGACACCGUAUGCUGUUGACACUCGUAUUUCACAAAUGCCAAAAUUUAUUGUUACUCAAGUGGCAAAAGAUCCAUUGAUCAAAAAUGGGUAUGAUUAUAUUGGUAAAGUACCGUUAUUGAAUGCAUGUGCAGUAGAAAUCUCGUCGAAACUUCGUUAUUACCUCGAAGAAUGUGUCGCGUUGUGCUGUCCUAAAGAGGUUUACAUAUGCAAUGGUACAGAGGCUGAAUACAUGCAAAUGUUGAAAAUUCUCCAGAAAAAUGGAACCAUCAAGAAUUUACCCAAAUAUGACAAUUGUUGGCUGGCAAAAACUCAUCCUGCGGAUGUGGCACGCGUCGAGAAACGUACAUUCAUCAGCACAGACUUGAAAAGCGACGCUGUUCCUACCCCACGUGAAGGUGUAAUUGGGGAACUUGGAAAUUGGAUCUCUCCGAAUGACAUGGACCGAGCUAUCUUGGAACGUUUUCCAAAUUGUAUGAAAGGACGGACCAUGUACGUGAUCCCCUUCAGUAUGGGUCCCGUAGGUUCUUCGCUUUCAAAAAUUGGCGUGGAAAUUACGGAUUCGAUUUAUGUAGUUUGCUCGAUGAGAGUAAUGACCAGGAUGGGAGAGAAGGUGCUCGAAUUUCUGGGAAACGACGAUUUCGUGAAAUGUUUGCAUUCAGUCGGCAUUCCGGAACACAAUUCAAAAUUGGUAAACCAUUUAUGGCCAUGCGAUCAGAGAACGAUCAUCCUUCACAAACCCGCCAAGAACGAGAUCGUAUCUUAUGGAAGCGGUUACGGUGGAAAUUCCUUAUUAGGAAAGAAGUGUUUUGCACUACGAAUUGGUUCGACUAUAGCCAGGAAGGAGAGAUGGCUCGCCGAACAUAUGCUUAUAUUGGGUAUCACAAAUCCUAAGGGCAAGAAACGAUACAUUGCUGCUGCUUUCCCGAGCGCAUGCGGCAAAACGAAUUUGGCUAUGAUGCAACCGACUCUACCGGGUUAUAAGAUCGAAUGCGUAGGAGAUGAUAUUGCGUGGAUGAGAUUCGACAAUGAAGGAAAUUUACGCGCUAUUAAUCCGGAGAAUGGAUUCUUCGGAGUCGCUCCCGGUACAAGUUCGGCUACGAAUCCCAAUGCGAUGAAGAAUUUCAAAAAUACCAUCUUCACCAAUGUAGCGUCUACCAGUGACGGAGGAGUGUAUUGGGAAGGAAUGGAAAAGGAAAUCAGUGAUAAUGUCAAGGUGACGGAUUGGAGAGGUAACGAUUGGGACAAAGGUUCCAAAGUACCAGCUGCUCAUCCAAACUCAAGAUUCUGCACUCCGGCAACACAAUGCCCGAUCAUCGAUCCUUCUUGGGAUGAUCCAACUGGCGUUCCGAUCGAUGCUAUAUUAUUCGGAGGCCGAAGGCCGGAAGGUGUACCUUUGGUUUAUCAAGCCCGUAAUUGGCAACACGGCGUUUUCAUCGGUGCUACAAUGAGAUCUGAAGCUACUGCCGCCGCUGAACAUAAGGGUAAAGUAAUCAUGCACGAUCCGUUUGCCAUGAGGCCCUUCUUUGGUUAUAAUUUUGGACACUAUCUUGCCCACUGGUUAAGCAUGGCAAAUGUAAAAAAUGCCAAGCUGCCAAUGAUAUUUCACGUAAAUUGGUUUAGAAAGGAUGCAGACGGUAAAUUUUUGUGGCCAGGAUUCGGCGAGAACUCUCGCGUUCUUGAUUGGAUCCUUCGAAGGCUUGACGGUGAAGACAUCGCUGAAGAAUCAGCAAUUGGCUUAUUGCCAAAGCCAGGAUCUAUCAAUUUAGAAAAUCUCAAUGAUAACGUAAAUAUGAUGGAAUUGUUUAAUCUUCCGAAAGCUUUCUGGCAAAAAGAAGUCAAAGAUUUGAGAGAGUAUUUUGACGCUCAAGUGGGAAGUGAUUUACCUGACGCUAUAGCGCUGGAACUUAUUCGUCUCUCUCAUAAUGUUAAUAAUCUUUAAUUUCCUAAUUCGAUAAUUAUACAUUUCAAUUUUUAUACAGUUAUUAGUAUAUUCUCAAGAGAGUUUCAAGGUGCAAAAAGCGAACGUCAUUUUGAUGUCAAAUGACGUUAUUAUAGACGUCAAAAUGACGUCAGUUAGCUAAUAACUUGGGUAGCAACUCAAGUAGCAAUUAGGGUACUUGUAAUCUUUAUUAUUCAACAUUAUAGUUGAGACAAAAUUAGUAAAUUUUUUUGACGACAUAAUGACGGCACACAAAUGUGAAAUGUGUAAAAAAUUAUCCGUUUGAUGGAAAACAUUACAUGUAACAUAUAAGAUGCGAAAGAAGUAAAAGUAGUAUUAAAAACAAUUUUGCGUUAGAGAAAGAAAGAGAGAAUUUCUUGUCGUGU